GUCGGGAGCCCGCCGCGAGGCCGCUCCCGGCUCUGCUCGGUCGGGUGUGCGGGAGACUAUGGCGUCCUCCUCGGUCCCGCCGGCCACCGCACCCGCGGCGACAGCGGCCCCCGGCCUAGGUUUCGGCUUCGCCUCCAAAACCAAGAAGAAGCAUUUCGUGCAGCAGAAGGUGAAGGUGUUCCGGGCGGCCGACCCGCUGGUGGGCGUGUUCCUGUGGGGCGUAGCCCACUCGAUCAAUGAGCUCAGCCAGGUGCCUCCCCCGGUGAUGCUGCUGCCAGAUGACUUUAAGGCCAGCUCCAAGAUCAAGGUCAACAAUCACCUUUUCCACAGGGAAAAUCUACCCAGUCAUUUCAAGUUCAAGGAGUAUUGUCCUCAGGUCUUCAGGAACCUCCGUGAUCGAUUUGGCAUUGAUGACCAGGAUUACUUGGUGUCCCUCACCCGAAGUCCCCCGAGUGAAACUGAAGGCAGUGAUGGUCGCUUCCUCAUCUCCUAUGAUCGAACUCUGGUCAUCAAGGAAGUAUCCAGUGAGGACAUUGCUGACAUGCAUAGCAACCUCUCCAACUACCACCAGUACAUCGUGAAGUGCCAUGGCAACACACUGUUGCCCCAGUUCCUGGGCAUGUACCGAGUCAGCGUGGACAGCGAAGACAGCUACAUGCUGGUGAUGCGCAACAUGUUUAGCCACCGUCUUCCUGUGCACAGGAAGUAUGACCUCAAAGGCUCCCUAGUGUCCCGGGAAGCCAGCGAUAAGGAAAAGGUUAAAGAAUUGCCCACCCUUAAGGAUAUGGACUUUCUCAACAAGAACCAGAAAGUUUACAUUGGUGAAGAGGAGAAGAAAGUAUUUUUAGAGAAGCUAAAGAGAGAUGUGGAGUUCCUAGUGCAGCUGAAGAUCAUGGACUACAGCCUUCUGCUGGGCAUCCACGACAUCAUUCGGGGCUCUGAACCAGAGGAGGAGGGGCCUGUGCGGGAGGAGGAGUCAGAGGGGGAUGGGGACUGUGGCCCGACAGGACCUCCUGCUCUGGUGGGUUCCUAUGGCACCUCUCCUGAGGGUAUCGGCGGCUACAUCCAUUCCCAUCGGCCCCUGGGUCCUGGAGAGUUUGAAUCCUUCAUUGAUGUCUACGCCAUCCGGAGUGCUGAGGGGGCCCCCCAGAAGGAGGUGUAUUUCAUGGGCCUUAUUGACAUCCUGACACAGUAUGAUGCCAAGAAGAAAGCAGCUCAUGCAGCCAAAACUGUCAAGCAUGGGGCUGGGGCAGAGAUCUCUACUGUUCAUCCUGAGCAGUAUGCUAAGCGAUUCCUGGAUUUUAUUACCAACAUCUUUGCCUAAGAGACUGCCUGACUCCAUGGUGACUGCUGGCAAGGCUUAUGUUCAAGGUGGUGGGGUUCUGAGGGGCUUGGGGGAAUUGUGGAUAUUCUGGCCACUACUUCUUCUCUUCCUCCUUUGCUAAAUUCAGGCUAAGGCUCCUUGCAUCCCCACAACUCCGUCUUGUUGAGCGGGCUCUUCCUGGCCCUCAGAAAUACGUCGUCCCUUCUCCCCUUUGUCCAGUUUUCCUCCCUUGCCCUCCCCUCCAACAAGUCUGCUUGCUUCAUGAGAGCGUUACUGUUGACUCUCCCAAGUGCCUUGAGAUUUGUCAAGUGUCCUGUUGUUUCUAUAACAUAGGAAGAGCUGGGGAAGGGGGUUGUUUGCCAACUUCAGGACCUGACUGGACAGAUGGACCCAGCUCAAGCAACUACUCUGGAUGCACUUUGCUGUGUGGGAUGAACUAAGAGUAUUUGAAUUUUGCUGAUAACUUUAUAGAACUCACUGUGGCAUGCUUCCUUCCCAGUGGGCCCUGGGAUGGAAGAAUUUCAAGAUACUACAGAUGUGGGUGCUGGCAUGUACACAUAUGAUGGGACAUGGCCAGUCUUACACACAGGUGGGGUGGAGAGUGGUCAGCAGGCUGGCACCUCAUGGAGGUGGGACCUAAGAGGUCUCUUGAUUAUGCAGGGAAUUGGAGAAGGUCUAUGUCAAGGAUUGACUACUCUCCAGUCUCUUCCCUCACCCCACUUCCACCCCGACUCCUGUACUUCUGGGUGCGGGAGCCCAGAGAUGGCCACAGCGUUCCAAAGGUGUUUGAUUGACUGUUGCUGCUCUUCACCAGGACCUCAUACCCAUCUUGGGGCUGGAACCCUUCAGUGGGGGUGCGGCCUGGGAUGAUGGGCCAGGGGUGUAAGGUUCAUUCUCCAUGUUAAAUUUCCUUUCUUCGUGUCUAGCCAUCCCUGUGGUUUUAGUCCUAGCAGAAGGCAAUAUCACUACCUGGGUCAACCCUGGUCAUGUAAAGAGGAAGCCUCAAGUGUGGGAACCUCCUCUGCUCCCUGGAGGUGUGCACCUAGCAUACUCCCUUCCCCGACCCCUACUCAAACCGGUUUUCCAGUUGGUUUUGUUAUUCUGUUCUCUUCUGUCCUAUCUUAUACUGCUACUGUGUCUCCCAGGGGACAGAUGGCCUUGUUUGUCAUCUUCACUCUCAACCCUUAGAGAGGAGUCAGAGCCAUAACUCAAUCACCCAGCCCCCUCCAAAGAGGGUUGAGUUGAUUCGUGAUAGUCUCAGAAUGUAGAGGACCCUGAUGAGCUGAGAUAGUGUCCUCCCCUCCCCCCAAUGCCUUUGGGGCUAAGGCAGCCAUUCUUUUUGCUAUCCUCUAUCUCCCAUGAAGCUUCUACAUUUUUUUAAACAUAAAGAUGGGUAUACCAGCAGCUGGCCUGUGGGGAUGCAAAGAUUCUUCGCUCUAUAUCUGGCUGGACUGAUCUGUCACACAGAAGUCAUGAGGUCAUAAAGGAGAAUUCCUCUCUCCCCUGCAUCUUCUACUCCAAAGGAAGUAACGAGGAGUCCCCAGUGAAGGAUUGGAGCCCCUAUCAUACCUUCCUGUCAGAAGCCUGAUGGAUCUUUUUCAUUCCAAGUCUACCUUUCCCCUGUUGAAUGCAAUAAAACUCCAUGACACCAGCAACUGUUGUUCUUUAGAAAUGGGUUUUCUGACCGUGUGGCUAAUGUAUCAUGAGCGGUAUGGUCUUCAUUAGUUGUUUCUGUUUUUCAUCUUUUUUGUUUUAUUAAUAGAAAAGAUCUUGUGUAUUUAC